AUGCUUAGUUCCGAUAAGCCUUUGAUUCGCUACCUAGUUAUCUACCUCCUGGUUCUGGAGACGUUUGGCACCGCGUGCGUGAUUCACAUGAUGUACGAAUGCUUCCUGCUGGUAUUUAACUAUCAUUGUUACAUGGUUGAAUCAAAGUUAACACUCUUGCUCCCAUUAGACGCUAUCACGACGGUACUCAUAUCUACGCCAGUGCAACUGUUCCUUGCAUGGCGCAUCAGUGUUCUUACUUCCUCAAAGAUUGUGGCCAUCUUCAUCUCACUGCUUGCCAUCACGUCUCUUGGUGGUGGUAUCGCUAUGUCUGCACUUGUUAUCCUCAACCCCGACUUUUCGCGUUUCGAAACCUUUUACCCCGCCACUGGGACUUGGUUAGGUAGUUCGGCGCUUGCUGACGUUAUUAUAUCGACUGCACUGGUUAUGACUCUGCGCCGCAAGCGGACUGGGAUGCAAGUGACCGAUAAUAUCAUCAACAAGAUCAUGACAUUUACAAUUCAGACGGGCUUCGUUACGGCGGUGUUUGCCAUCGCUGAUGUCGUCCUCGCCUUGACACUGAGGGAUUCGGGGUUCAACUUUAUUCCUGACUUCAUGCUCAGCAAACUGUACUCUAAUACGCUGAUUGCAUCGCUCAAUGCUCGUGUCGAUUUUGGACAGGUGCUGAACAACCCGAAUAACGUCCUCUUCAAAGGUCCUCGAAAAGAGUCGCAGUCGUCGGUGCAGAUUGUAAGUUCCUGUGCCCUGCUUUGA